GAUUUCCGCUUCCGCCUUCUCACUCCUCCAGCUUGUCCUCCGAGCGUAGUCGCCGCCACAGAGGCUGCUGCCGGGCGCGGUGUCGGUGGGUUUGUCGGUGUGUCUCUCAGCGUCGGUGUCUGUGCCGUUGAACUGCCCGCCAUGGCUGAACUUGAUCCGUUCGGCGCCCCUGCCGGCACUCCCGGCGGCCCCGCUCUGGGGAACGGGGUGGCCGGCGAAGAAGACCCGGCCGCGGCCUUCUUGGCGCAGCAGGAGAGCGAGAUUGCGGGCAUCGAGAACGACGAGGCCUUCGCCAUCCUCGACGGCGGCGCCCCUGGGCCCCAGCCGCACGGCGAGCCGCCGGGGAGUCCGGAUGGUGUUGAUGGAGUGAUGAAUGGCGAAUACUACCAGGAGAGUAAUGGUCCGACAGACAGUUACGCAGCUAUUUCACAAGUGGAUCGAUUGCAAUCAGAGCCUGAAAGUAUCCGUAAAUGGAGAGAAGAGCAAAUGGAACGCUUGGAAGCCCUUGAUGCCAACUCUCGGAAGCAAGAAGCAGAGUGGAAAGAAAAAGCAAUAAAGGAGCUGGAAGAGUGGUAUGCGAGGCAGGAUGAGCAGUUACAAAAAACAAAAGCAAACAACAGAAGAAAGAAACCAACCGUCAUGUAGCUUUUUUGCUUCCUUCUGCAAGGCCAUUCCAGAGGCAUAUGCUUCAAUGCAUCCAUGGCUUCCACAGGAACAAUCAGGCCCAUCUAGAGACACAACAAGGUGGCCAAGUUCUGCAGCACAGAAGGAACUUCCAUGAAUCAAUUCAUGCUGAUGGAUGAUUCCCCCGCCAAUUCCUACAGAGAGACAGCAAUCCUUGAGGUGGCUCUUCAUUUGAGACAGAAAACUGAUAUGGCAAUACCGCAUCUGUUAAGGAAAGCUUGGGAAUAUGAGGUUCUGUACAGUGCCUACUUUCCUAGUAGCUGAAACUUACUAAGUACCAAAACUAUUUGGAAUCAUCUUGGAUGGAAAUAAUUUUAGCAGAUCCUCUGAUACCCUGUGUUGCAUCUGCUUGACUCAUCUUGUGAUGACAGACCACCUCAAGUGCACACUGUCCACUGUUCUCCCCGAGGCUUUCUCCAACACUAAAGAACUCGGUCAACCAUGCAAGCACAGUGCCCAGAGGCAAUCCUCAACUGAGGCAAGACAGGAGCCAGCAGACCCAAGUGGACAAUUCUGGAUGGUAUUCUGCAGGCUUUUUGGGAGGUUCCAGUCGAUUUCAGCCCCCACUGCCCUCAAGACAACUUUGAUCAUGUCUCCUCUAGUGACUCUCCUCCUACUCUCUUCCCACUCCCUCACUCCUGCUUCCCAGGAUCACUGCCAAAAUAAAAUACCCACCCCUAAA